AUGGCGGUGCAUAGUCCCAUUCUGAACCAAACCUACGAGUCUCUGGUUCCGAAAGACACCAACGUUUCAGCACUUGGAUUCCAAGGACCAUGGACAGAGCCGACAUUCACUGUGGCUGCAAAGGUCCGUGUGGGCUUUACCUGCUUUUUCUUCCUAAUGUCAUCAUGCAGUAAUAUGGCAGUUUUAUGUAGUAUCAGUGGAAAGAGAUGCAAGUCCCACCUACGUAUCCUCAUUCUCAGUCUUUCUGUGGCUGACUUGUUGGUCACUUUCUUGGUUAUGCCUUUGGAUGCUCUGUGGAAUAUUACAGUGCAAUGGUAUGCAGGAGAAAUAAUGUGCAAGCUCCUCAGCUUUGCAAAACUGUUUGCCAUGUACUCUGCUGCUCUGGUAUUGGUGGUAAUAAGUAUAGACCGACACUGGGCCAUCCUGUAUCCCCUCAGCUUCACUAGUGCUGGACAGCGCAACCGAAUAAUGCUGUGGAUUGCCUGGAUUGGCAGCCUUCUCUUGGCAUCCCCUCAGCUCUACUUCUUUAGUCUACGCUCUGUUCCUAGAGCCAAUUUCACCCAGUGUGCCACCCACGGAGGUUUUGCACAACGUUGGCAGGAGACUGCAUACAACAUGUUCACCUUCUGCACACUGUUUGUUACUCCCCUGGGAGUCAUGAUUGUGUGUUACACUCGCAUCCUUUGGGAAAUUGGAAAACAGAUGAAAUAUAAAAAUGAACUUGCAAGAAGCAAAAAUGACCUUAUAUCCAAAGCCAGGAUGAAAACUCUGAAGAUGACUGUAGUUAUUGUAGCUACCUUUAUGGUCUGCUGGACUCCUUAUUAUCUAAUGGGUUUGUGGUAUUGGUUCCAACCAGAGAUGAUUUACCAGACACCAGAAUAUGUUCACCACAGCUUGUUCCUGUUUGGCUUACUGCACACCUGCACAGACCCUCUUGUUUAUGGACUCUAUACUCCAUCUUUCAAAGAAGAUAUUCGUUCAUGGCUCAGAAGGGUAGAAUCUCUUCUAUCAAGGAAGGCAAAUGAGAGCAAGCAACUAGCUGGUUCAGAGAUCAACAUUAAAGACUUCACCUCACUUGAUGGACAGACCUCCAGUGGAACCACAUUGCAGUCUGUCUUCUGA